AUGAAUGUCUUCGGUGAUGCGGUGCGUCUCGAACGGGUUCCGAAGAAGAAAACUGCAGCCGCCGAGGCGCAUAGCCAUGUCUCGGGCUUUUAUGCUGGUAAAAUGAAAGCUACUGGCACAGAAGAGGAUGUUCAGGCGGCUAAGUUGCUUCAGAAUGUGCUUGAAUUACCCGAGCAUGUUACCGUCUGUCUUUCUGCGAUGAUCGCGCAUAUGACUGACUACGGAUUGGAACAUGUCUUUGAUCUGACUAAGUACUUCCAGCCGUUCUCAGCUCGGUCACACAUGCAUUUGAAUGGAAAUACGCUGGUCAGUCUGGAGAUCUACCAGAACCAGACCGAUCAUUCAGCCAAGGGUAGUCUAUUAUGGACUUUGGAUCGGACACAGACGCGCUUUGGGCAACGGCUGCUGCGGCGCUGGGUUGGACGGCCGUUGCUUGACAGAGUACGGCUUGAAGAGCGUACUGACGCUAUUGAAGAGCUUACAAGUUCUGCUCACACCGUGCCCGUGGAGCGAGUGAGAAGGUUGCUGGGUAAAAUCAAGAGUGACCUGGAAAAAAGCUUGAUUCGUAUCUACUACGGCAAGUGCACUCGACCAGAGCUUCUCACUGUUCUGCAGACCAUGCAGACAAUUGCAAUGGAAUUCGCAGAGGUCAAAUCUCCUGCCGACACGGGAUUUGAAUCCACUCUGGUCAGCGAAGCAAUUGCCUCUCUUCCAACCAUUCAGGAAGACGUCAACCGUUUCUUGGACAAGAUCAACCUCCAUGCUGCACGGAAUGACGACAAAUACGCCUUCUUCCGCGAAGAGGAGGAGACGGAGGAGAUUAGCGACGAGAAACUCGGAAUCGCUAGUAUUGAACACGAGCUAAAAGAGCAUCUUCCCGUGGCCGGAGAGCGCUUGCAGAGGAAGCAAGUGGAGUAUACGACGGUGUCCGGUAUCGAGUACCUGAUCGAGAUUGAGAACAAUUCCUUGGCCAUCAGGCGUGUUCCAGCGUCCUGGGUCAAGGUGAGUGGAACGAAGAGAGUUUCGCGGUUCCACACACCUGAAGUGAUCCAACUCAUCCGGCAACGGGAUCAGCACAAGGAAGCUUUGGCCGCGGCCUGCGACAAAGCCUUCAAGGCUCUUCUCGCCGAUAUUGCAACCCAAUACCAAUCUUUCCGGGAUUGCGUCCAGUCCCUCGCAACGCUGGAUUGUCUACUUUCCCUCGCAGCCAUUGCCCAGCAACCUGGCUACGUCAAGCCGGAGUACAGCGAUCGAACAUGCCUCUACGUCGAACAAGGUCGGCACCCGAUGGUUGAGCGCCUUUUGACAGAUACCUACGUACCCAACGAUACCAAUCUCGACCCAGAAGCCACACGGGCGCUCCUUGUGACCGGACCAAACAUGGGCGGCAAGUCUAGCUACGUGCGCCAAGUCGCCCUCAUCGCCAUCAUGGGCCAAAUCGGCUCCUACGUGCCCGCCGCCUCCGCCAAGCUCGGCCUUCUCGACGCCGUUUUCACGCGCAUGGGCGCCUUCGACAACAUGCUCGCCGGCGAAUCAACCUUCAUGGUCGAGCUCUCCGAAACAGCAGAUAUCCUCAAGCAAGCCACACCCCGCUCUCUCGUCAUUCUCGACGAGCUCGGCCGUGGCACGUCCACCCACGACGGGGUCGCUAUUGCCCAGGCUGUGCUGGACUAUAUGGUCCGGAGCAUUCGCUCUCUGACGCUCUUCAUCACGCACUACCAGCACCUUUCGCGCAUGGUGCGCUCGUUCCCGGACAAGGCGCUGCGUAACGUACAUAUGCGUUUCACCGAGUCUGAGGAGAAAGAUGGGGAGAAGGAAAUUACGUUCUUGUAUGAGGUUGCGGAGGGCGUGGCCCAUCGCAGUUAUGGGUUGAAUGUGGCGCGGUUGGCGAAGCUACCACCGUCUGUGCUGGAUUUGGCACGGACGAAGAGUGCGGAGCUGGAGGAGUCGAUCAAGCGGAAAAGGCUGGCGGCGAUUGUUGGCGCUGUUGGAAGGGUAGUCGAAGGGAAGGAUGAUGUCGCGGAAGAGGAGAAGCUGCUUGAUCGGUUGCUUGCGAGUACAGAGCAGUUGUAG